UCUGAACGGCGGCGGUCGCCGCCAUAUUGCAGAGCUGUCAGCGGCGGCAGCGCUUGGCGCCUCGUCCCCGGCAGCGCCGUGAGCAGCACGGGGUGGCCCCGCAGCGCUUGCUGCCCCGCUGCGAAGGGGGAGCUGCGCGGCGGGGGGGCGGGAACACGACAUCGCCUCGCCCCACGAGGAGCGGAGAGCACCGCGCCCAGCACCCUACCCCGGGGUCCCGUCCCCCCCUCCGCCCGACGCCGCGGCGCGGCCACCCCGCUCACGGCGGAGCGGAACCCCAGAAGGGGACAAACAGUUUGUAGAAGGUUUAAGUGGACAGGACGCUAAAGAAAACAGGAAAAAUGCCGAAACCAAUCAAUGUCAGAGUAACCACAAUGGAUGCAGAGUUGGAAUUUGCCAUCCAGCCCAACACAACAGGCAAGCAGCUAUUUGAUCAGGUGGUGAAAACUGUUGGUCUUCGUGAAGUCUGGUUUUUUGGGCUGCAGUAUGUGGACAGCAAAGGCUACUCAACCUGGCUGAAGCUAAAUAAAAAGGUAACACAGCAAGACGUAAGGAAAGAAAACCCUUUGCAGUUUAAGUUCAGGGCCAAGUUUUUCCCAGAGGAUGUAUCAGAAGAACUAAUUCAGGAAAUAACUCAGAGACUUUUCUUCCUGCAAGUCAAAGAAGCGAUCCUAAAUGAUGAAAUAUAUUGCCCACCGGAAACUGCAGUUCUUCUGGCUUCUUACGCUGUCCAGUCCAAGUAUGGAGACUACAGUAAGGAGAUACAUAAACUAGGCUACCUAGCCAAUGACAGACUUCUCCCUCAGCGGGUGUUAGAACAGCACAAACUGACAAAAGAACAGUGGGAAGAAAGAAUACAGAACUGGCAUGAAGAGCACAGAGGAAUGUUAAGGGAAGAUUCCAUGAUGGAAUACCUUAAGAUAGCACAAGACUUGGAAAUGUAUGGAGUCAACUAUUUUGAAAUAAAGAAUAAAAAAGGAACUGAAUUGUGGCUAGGAGUUGAUGCUUUGGGUCUGAAUAUAUAUGAACACGAUGAUAAGCUGACACCCAAGAUUGGUUUUCCUUGGAGUGAAAUAAGAAACAUCUCUUUCAAUGACAAAAAAUUUGUCAUAAAGCCAAUUGACAAGAAGGCCCCUGAUUUUGUUUUUUAUGCACCCCGGCUGAGAAUUAACAAGCGAAUUUUGGCACUGUGUAUGGGAAAUCAUGAAUUGUACAUGAGAAGGAGGAAACCUGAUACAAUUGAGGUGCAGCAGAUGAAGGCCCAAGCUCGAGAGGAGAAACAUCAGAAACAAUUGGAAAGGGCACAAUUAGAAAAUGAGAAGAAGAAAAGGGAGAUAGCAGAAAAGGAAAAGGAAAGAAUAGAAAGAGAAAAGGAGGAAUUAAUGGAACGCUUAAGACAAAUUGAGGAACAAACAAUGAAAGCACAGAAAGAGCUCGAGGAACAGACUCGAAGAGCUCUUGAACUGGAUCAAGAACGAAAGCGUGCAAAAGAGGAAGCAGAGCGCCUGGAAAGAGAGCGCCGAGCAGCUGAAGAAGCUAAAGCUGCCCUAGCCAAGCAGGCAGCUGAUCAAAUGAAGAACCAAGAGCAGCUGGCAGCAGAACUUGCUGAAUUCACUGCCAAGAUUGCACUUCUAGAGGAGGCCAAGAAAAAGAAAGAAGAGGAAGCCUCAGAAUGGCAGCACAAAGCCUUUGCAGCCCAAGAGGACUUGGAAAAGACCAAAGAAGAGCUGAAAUCUGUGAUGUCUGCUCCUCCUCCGCCUCCUCCCCCACCAGUUAUUCCUCCAACAGAGAAUGAACACGAUGAACACGAUGAGAACAAUGCUGAAGCCAGUGCAGAACUGUCUUCUGACGGUGUCAUGAAUCACAGGAGUGAGGAAGAGCGGGUAACAGAAACACAGAAAAACGAACGCGUUAAGAAACAACUCCAGGCUUUAAGUUCUGAGUUGGCUCAAGCCAGAGAUGAAACCAAGAAAACACAAAACGAUGUCCUUCAUGCUGAGAAUGUUAAAGCAGGCCGUGAUAAGUACAAGACUCUUCGACAAAUCCGACAAGGCAAUACAAAGCAGCGUAUUGAUGAGUUUGAAGCAAUGUGAGAGCUGUUAUUUUGCAUUUAUGUUCCUCCUAAAGCUGAACCACCAACAGAGAGAAAAAAAAAAAGCAGGCCUUUGCAGAUCUGAUGGAUUGCACCCCACUUUGCCAAAGCACUUCAUACCAGUUUGAUUACAGUGGCUAUGAGACAAAUUUAAGGGAAGCCAUUCAACAGUGAGGCAGUCUGUCAUCUCUAACUUUUUGGGGGGAGGGAGGGUGUGGAUAAUGAGAGCAGUUUUUUUUUCCCCCACCAUGUUUUCAGGUGUUUUUUUCCCCCCACCAUGUUUUCAGGUGGUUUUUUCCCCCCACCAUGUUUUCAGGUGG